AUGCAUACACGACUCCCACUUGAGGGACAUAGUCUAGUUCUGUUUGCCUUCAGUAUCGUGUCUUUGUCGGCAGCAAUUGUCGUGGUUUCAUUGAGAUGUUUUGUCCGACUAUACAUCGUUGGAGGGUUUGGUUUGGAUGACAUGUUGAUGCUUAUUGCAUUGGUUUUAUUUAUUGGUUUCUCUACAAGCCUUAUCUACGGAACUAUGACAGGAAUUGGCCAUCACGAAGUAGAUUUCCCAUCGGACAUGAUAUACUAUAAAGACGCCUUACUGUGUUAUUGGCUCGCCGAGAGUUUCUUCGUAUGGAGUGCCACAUUCGCUAAAUUGUCUAUCGCCAUGGCACUCUUACGAGUAACAGUCAUAAAAACGCAUCGCUUCAUUCUCUGGGCAGUGAUUGGACUCAUCAUUUCUGCUGGCCUCUUGUUUGGCUUCACUCUACUUUUUGAAUGUCUUCCUGUCUCCUACUUUUGGUUGCGAGUAUUACCGGACUCAGAGGGACACUGCACACCUUUUCAAAUUACGCUUAGUCUGGGCUAUACGUACUCUGUAAUGUCCCUUUUUGCGGAUUUGACGCUGGGAAUUUUGCCUAUCUUCCUAGUUUGGAAACUACAUAUGAAUAAUAAGACAAAGUGGGCUGUUGGAGGAAUUCUGAACGCGCUCUAUGAAAUUACCAUCUGUACAAUUAUCGAAACUGGGGCCGCAGUCAUUGCAGGCAGCCUUAUUACCCUUCGUCCUUUGUUCAUUUGGGCCCUUGGUGGAUCGAUAGGAUCCAAACAUCGACAUAGAAGAAACUCACCAUCCUACCCCCUCAACAGCAUGAGGAACAAUAAUAGUGCAGACCCGAGUACCUGGCGUCCAGAUAUUGAAGACGCCAAGAACCUCGUGACAACUGUUACCGCACCACGAAAGCAUCGAGUUUUUGCUCAUGGAGAUGGCGACAGCAGUGAGGAACAUUUGAAUCCUGUUCCUGCUCGCCCAAAUCACGUGAAUAUCCAAGAGACUAUAACAGUCACGGAAGAAACAUGA